AUGACUACACACAGCAGCUCAGAGCAUUCGAGAAUAUCAAUCCUUCCUUACCAAGUAACAACCCAAAUAUUUAAAGACCUGUCAUCGUGUGAUAUAUUGAAUUUCUGCUCGGCUUUUCCACAAUGGCGUUCGUUUCCAGAAAGCAAAAAAGCCACGAGGAUUUUCAAUCAGGAUAUCGAAAACUGGACGUGGAUUGAUAAACAUCUUUACAACCUCCUUCUUCCAAAGAAAUCGUCAAACGAAUUUAACAAUACAGUUGAAGCUAUUCGAUAUUACUACAACUACAACGUCUGCAUAAAAGGCUUCGAGUAUGAAAAGGCGAGAAUAGGCUCUUCACUUUGUGAGUGCAUUCUAACAGGAAAUCUACCAUUGAACUCAAAAGUACCGUUGAACUUCGACUCAACAGUAGCAAUUGACGAUAGAGACAUAAAUGAAUUGCAUUUGGAAUAUGGAAAAAUGGCCGCAUUUACUCUAGAUGGGUAUAAUUAUGAUACCAUGUUCUAUUACAAACCUCUGCUGUGGAAGAGACGAAGAAACAUUGAAGUGGACAGCUGUGUAAUACAUUUUGCCCAUUCAUUCAAGCAAGAUUGUAGUGAUCUAAAGGAUAUUUUUGUUGAUCUGCGUCCAGAUCAAACAGCUAUCAUUGCCAUUGUGAAGGAUUCAAAGCGACAGUUGAGAGGAUAUAAAAGUAAUAUUGACUUUCUGACAGGAUUUCUUGAAAAUGAAAUGGGCGGAUUUGAGGACUCUCCGCUGGCGAAAACAAAAUCAAAUUGGUGUCUUUGGCUUCUGGAGUCGGAUGAAACUAAGUUCCUUAAUAUUAUGGAUGUUUACAAGUGGUCAAGUUUCCAUAUUCUUAAGCGUCGAAUGAACUUACAAAUAUAG